ACAUAAAUAUCCUCAUUUUGUAUUGGGGUCGAAACUAUGAUCCCCAAAACCGACUAGUUAUGCCUCUUAUGCUAUGGAAGCCUUAUGCUCCUAUAUAUCCGAAGCUUGUGAAAAACAUUGCUGAUGGCCUGACGUUUGAAGAAACCAAGGAAAUGAGAAAUAGAGGACUCCACUCUCCUGCUCUUAUGAAAUUCACGAGGAAUGGAGUGUAUGUAAACGUAGUGGCCAGGGCCCGGGAGGCAUUCGAGACUGAGGAGGUGAUUAGACUAGACUGCACCCAUGUUGGUACGAGUGACUGCAAAAGGAUCGGUGUAAAGCUAAGGGACUUGGCUCCUUGCGUACCUAUUUUGUUCAAGGAUGAACAAAUUAUACUCUGGAGGGGAAAGAGAGAUCAGGAACGAAACUCUGACAUUUCUGAUGUCAACAAGAAAUCUUCGGGUACUUAGUUUAGUUUCCGAACCGGAAAUCUGAUGCAGUAAUGAAUAUUUAUGCUUCCAGGCCAAAGCUUGUUGGAUAGGUUGCUUGUUGAUUCCGUUGCCUGGAAAAGCCAUUGUUGCUGAUGAAAAUCAAUGAACCAGUUCGUUUAAGCAACGUUAUUGUCAUCACCUGUUUGCAUUGGUGCAUCCAUCGGGUUGCAUUUCAGACGUCAGGUAGUCUGUUUACAAGUUUGUAAUUGUCCUGAAAUUUAAAAUCAGUCUUCAUUUUUCAGGAAAAAAACCCGUCUUCAUAAUGUAAAAAAAAAAGGUACAUUUUUGGGAAGUUUGUUGCAAAGGUAUCUUUCAUUAACUGAAACAAUGGAAUGAAAGAAUGUUUUGCACUAAUCCCGUUAUUUUUGUAGCUACGGCAGACUUUUUGUUCUAUAUGAGAAUCUGUCUGGAGGACUUUUCCAUUUGUAAAAUGGUU